AUGGCGAAGAAAAGCAAGCUCCUAUCGGCUUUGGAUGCGCACAAGGGGCGCAAUUUCGACUUAGAGCACCAGAAAAAACUGCAAAAGGCAGCAACCAAGAAGAAGCAAUUGAAGGCGGCAGAUGGUGAAGAAGAUAAAGAAGAAGCUGCUGAGCAAUUGGAAGAAGAUGUCACACAGCUAAAUGGGAAGGCAAAGUCGAAUGGCGUGAAGGCGAGAAAAGGGAAAAACGACGCGAAGAAGGUUGAGGCCGAAGUUGAGGAACAGGACGAAGAUGAGGACGAAGAUGACGAUGAAGACGAAGACGAAGAAGACGGAGGGGUAGACACUGCAGGAAACGAGGUUGACGAUGAGGAUGAGGAAGACGAGGAAGACGAGGAAGAUGAAGAGGACGAAGAGGAUAUCCCACUUUCAGAUCUUUCCGGCGAUGAAGCCGCAGACGUUAUCCCCCACCAACGACUUACCAUAAACAACUCCGCAGCCAUUCUAUCUUCACUGAAACGGAUAACCGUCGUUAACGACCAGACAAUAUUCUCAGAACAUCAAUCCCUCACUUCCACAGAAACAAUCGACAUCCCUGACCCAAAUGAUGACCUCAACCGGGAGCUAGCAUUCUAUAAAGUCUGCGCAUCUGCCGCAAAGACUGCGCGAACUCUAUUGAAAAAAGAAGGAAUCCCAUUUUCGAGACCAACAGAUUAUUUUGCCGAGAUGGUGAAAGACGACGAACAUAUGGAUAAGAUCAAGAAGAAAUUGUACGAAGAAGCUGCUUCCAAGAAGGCUAGUGCGGACGCAAAGAAGCAGAGAGACUUGAAGAAGUUUGGAAAACAAGUACAGGUUGCCAAGCUACAAGAGCGACACAAGGAGAAGAGGGAGACACUGGAAAAGAUCAAUGACCUAAAAAGAAAACGCAGAGCUGGCGCAGGCAGUGGACAGACAGAGGAGAGUGAGCUAUUCGAUAUUGCUCUUGAAGAUUCUAGCAAAUCUGACUCGCGCCGUGGGUCUCGGGGCAAAGACGGUGAAGGGUCUCGCUCAAAGCGACAAAGGAAAGAUGCCAAAUUUGGUUUUGGUGGUAAGAAGCGCUUUGCGAAGAGUGGCGAUGCUAUGUCCAGUGGUGAUUUGAGCUCGUUCUCUGCCAGUAAAAUGAAGGGGAAGAAGACGGGUGCAGCGAAGAGGUUAGGGAAAGGUAGACGAGAGGCGAGACGAUAG